AUGGAGUCUUUCAUCUCCCUCAUCUCCCUCGCGGUCCUCUCCGCCAUCACUAUCGGUGUCUCCAUCCCCCGGGAUGACACCUCCUACAUCAACUCCUUGGAAACCUCUCCCGAAGAUGUAAAGACUUCACCUCCUCCAUCUCUUCCCUACCCCCUAUCCUUCCUUAACCCCAGGGCUAACGCAUCCCAGGCCGAAAACGUUCACAGCGAGUCCACCACCGCUACCACCUGCCAACAGUGCUCUCAAGUCUACAAAGAUUGCCGCAACCUCAUUGCGCCUGUGGGCAUAGGGCUCGUGGAUGGGUACUCGACGAGAAUCGCUAUAUGGGUUGUUUUCGCGCAAAACGCAGUCAGCGUACUGGUGGAAUACUUUGCUAUCGCGAAUGUGUAUGCCGCGGUACCAGAACUCGGUGUUGGAAAAGGCAAGCAAUCUGAAACGGACACUGCCACGGAAUUACAACCGCAACACUCUUCCCACCGGGAUACCGUAUCAAACGCCCCUGGCCGACGUCCCACUCUCCUCGCCAACAUAACCUCACACCUCCAACCCUAUCGCGCCUACGUCGAAAACCCCGCCUUCCUCGCCUCCUUCUCCCUCUCCCUCCUCUACCUCACAGUCCUAAGCUUCGCAUCGCAAAUGACAACCUACCUACUCACUCUCGGCUUCACCAGCACGCACGUCUCCAUCAUGCACCUCGUGUCCGUUAUUCUCGAACUCAGCGCCACCGUCGCAGCACCAUGGCUGAUGAGCAAGAUCGGCGCUGUAAGAGCCGGCCUCUGGUUUAUCAACGAACAAGUCCUCGCCAUCGGUCUCGCAAUAGGUCUAUUCCACGUUUUCCCCACGAGCACUGCCCCGAUGCUGGCUGGCGCCGCCCUCGUCCUCGGCGUCUGUCUCUCCCGCCUCGGUCUCUGGGGUUUCGAUCUUAGCGUCCAGUAUCUCGUGCAGGAAGAUGCGCCGCCUGCGUCCCGCGGCUCCUUCUCCGCUAUUGAGAUGAGCCUGCAGAAUCUCUUCGAACUGCUUUCCUUUGCGACGACAAUGGUGUGGUAUAGACCGCAGGAUUUCACCAUACCGAUACUUAUUAGAUGGCUCGUCCUACCCCUCGGCAGACACCCCGCUCGCUUUCGACCCACGCCCUUCCUCCAACAGACUUCGAACAACAACUCUCAAUCAGCAAACACGGGGGGAAGUAACUCACACGAUGGAGACAAGCAGGAGCGAAGCAAGUUUGCACGGAGUGUUCUCGAAGGAAGCACGGUAGCUCUGAUUUCACUCUUCGGACUGGGCCUGGGUGGCUAUGCCUAUAGUCUAUUCUACAAAAGGACUGUUGCGAAGAAGAUAGAGAAUGCCUUUGCGACAGGAUACAGCUCGCAAGAGCGCGUUGUGUUGGGUCGCAUCUCAUACGGCACCGAGCCAGACAAGAUCCAAGAGAUUGUGGAGAGAGAAUACUGGGUUCCACGAGCAGAGCAGGAAGACAUCGACAAUGUUGUCAGUGGAAGGGCUAGAGGGAGGUACUAUCUUGUCAUCGGUGAGCGAGGUACCGGCAAGCGAGCACUGCUCUUGGAGGCCAUGAGGAAGGUCAAUGGUGACGGCAUUGCUAUGCUAGAAGCGCAUAAUGAUCUGGAGGUCUUUCGAACACGGCUUGGCAAGGCUAUCGAUUACGAAUUUCACGAAGACUAUAUUGGUGGGCUGUUCAGUAUUCGGGGUCCGAGAGAUAGCUCACCGCUAUUGGAUAUCGAGAGAGCGCUUAAUCAGAUGGAGAAGGUAGCCUUGUCGCUGAGGAAGCGGCGAGGCAAGCCUCUUCUUAUGAUCAUCAACAAUAUCCACCUGUUCAAAGACGACGAAGCAGGAAAACAUCUCCUAGAGAUCUUGCAGCAGCGCGCAGAGAUAUGGGCGGGCAACGAACUCGUCACAACCGUCUUUACCUCUGAUGAAUUCUGGACGCUCGAACGCUUGACACCACAUGCAACUAACAUGCACGUCAUAAGCGUCAGAGACGUACGCAAAAACGUAGUCACAACAGCACUAAAACAAUACCGAGCGCGCUACCACAACGAAGACGUACCACAGAGUAUCCUAGACGAGGUCUUCGCCAAGGUCGGCGGACGACUAAUCUUCUUGAACCAAGUCGCUAAAUCCAAAGACAUGCUAGAAACCUGCAAGCAAAUCAAUCGAAGAGAGAAAACGUGGUUCCUCAACAACUGCUGGAUCCUCGGCGACUCCAUGGACGAUGACGUGGAAGAACAGCAGAAAUACUGCGCUGCCGCCAUCGUCCUAGCUCGUGCCCUUGUUCUUCGCGAAAAAGAGACGAUGGAUUCGGACCAGUUUACGCUUCCUGAGAUUCCACUACACGAGGCUCGUCAAAUUAUCACGAGAGCUGACUUUGUGCACCCGUUUGAUCAUAUCAAUGUUGUCCACAUUGAUGCUCAUGGUAUGGUAAGAGCGGAUUCUGUGCCGAUGCAGAAUGCGUUUCGCGAAGUUGUACAACAACCUGGGUUUGAGGAACAUUUGAAAGCUACUUUGAACAGAUUGGAUGAGUUGGAGAGUUUGGCGAGGACGAGAGAGGUUGCGAUGAGGGAUCCACCUGAUAGAAGUGGGGGAAUUGUGCCGGUGCAGACGUAUUGUGCAAAGCUCUGA